AUGCACAUUCUCGCAGUGCUCCUCUUCGGUGUCGUAUUCCCGGCAUGUGCGCGCUCAGAGAACCGCUUCCGCCGCCCACCGGGCCCGGGUCCGGCAGGAGACUUCCGGGAUAACCCAGUCUAUACCCUCGGCGACAACAUUGACUUGCAGUGGGAGAUGGAUCUCAAGAACAUCGACCUGAUCUUAUGGCAGCAGCAGCCCACGGGAAAUGUCAAGGGGCCCUAUGCCAAGCUCGCAUCCAAUUCCACGGUGAAGAGCCUCGUCUGGACCGUAGGCUACGCAGGCUUUCCUUCAACAAUGAAUCCAGACCUGAGCCAGGUCUACUUCCUUCAACUCUUCAAGACGGGACAGUCGGGCAGCAGCGCGACAUCUCACUACUUCAACAUCACCGAGCCCGACAGCACAUCAACCUCAACAUCAUCCGCAACAGCCACAACAACAGCCCUCGCCCUCGCAUCAGCAACCCCAACAUCAACCGCAGACUCCUCCCCGGCACAAACACCAACCGCCCCCGCCGACGAAGACCAACUCUCAAGCACCGCAGUCGCGGGCAUCGCCGUCGGCGCGACGCUCGGCGCCCUCAUCCUCCUCGCCCUCCUCGCGGGGCUUGUCCGCAGGUACGUCAAGAGGAGGCGGGACAUGGCCGUCCACACGGAGGGCGACAUCCUCGUCUACGCCGAGCGGCAGCUGCGGGCCAAAGACGAGGCCGCCGCGUGGAAGCUGGAGUUGCCGGCGCACAGCCGCGAGCGGUUCGAGGUGGAGGCGUGCGAGCCGAGGCACGAGAUGCCUGCUGAGCCUGUGGGUGUUGGGAUGGAGAGGGGGUGA